AUGGUAAAGAAAUAUAAAAAAAGUAAUGUUAUAAUUAAUAUAAAACCUUCAGAUAAACAGUGUAAGCCAGUUAAAGAGGUAUUUCCUGAUACUAUUGAUAAAAGUGAUAAUAUGUUAUCAAUAAAUUAUGAAUUAUUAGAAUCAAAGUAUGUUCAUGAUGUAUAUGAAACUAUGGCAGAACACUUUUCACAUACUAGAAGCAUACCGUGGCCAAAAGUAAAAAAUUUUCUUGCUUCAUUUUCACCUGGUUCUAUUAUUUUAGAUGUAGGAUGUGGAAAUGGAAGAUAUCUUGAAUGUACAAAAAAUUUAAAUAUAUUUUUAAUAGGUGUCGAUAGAUGUAAAUCAUUGAUUGAAAUCGCAAAAACAAAAAAUUCUUCUUCAGCAUUAUUUAUAGAUGAUUGUACUCAACUUAAUAUCAGAUCUCAUAUUUUUGAUGGAAUUAUAUGUAUUGCAGUAAUUCAUCACCUUUCUAAUAGUGAAAGGAGAAUUCAGGCUGUUUCUGAAUUAAUCAGAUGUGCUAAAAAAAGUGGUGGAAAGAUUCUUAUAUAUGUAUGGUCAUGGAAUCAAGUAGCUGAUACUGUUGGUGUUAGAGCUGUUACAUCAAAAGAUAGUCUAGUACCAUGGCACUUACAAAAAAAGUAUUCAAAGUUGGGAAAUGAGAAAAAUAAUGAUUAUGUAAGAAAUGUAAUUAUAGAUCAAGAUAAUAAAGAAAUUACACAUAAGUCUUUAACUACACCAUAUAAAACCUAUAAUUCAUCUAAUAAUAAAAAACACAUUAUACACGUACAUCCUGAGAGAUAUUUAAUUCCACUUCAAAGAUACUACCAUUUCUUUGAAGAGUAUGAAAUAAUAGAUAUAUGUAAUCAUGGUAUAAAUCUUUAUCAUUCCCAAACAGAAGAUAAGAGUAUUAUAUCUAUUAAGCAAAUAUAUUUUGAUUCAAAUAACUGGGCUAUUGAAUUGGAAAAAAUCUGA